AAUACUUGCAUUUAAAGCUGCAUAAAAAUAAAAAUAAUGUUGGUUUUGGUUGCCAUCGGCAUGCAAUGUGAAUGUAAUUAAUAACAAAUUGUUUAUAAUUUUAUAUAAAAUGGCUAUAUUCCACAAUCUAUUGGAUAAAUAUCCAACUCAAUCACACCUUCUUUUCGUGGUUAUAUGUUUGUUCUGCUGGCCAGGGUCUUACGCACUACCACAUCCCGCUGAGGAAUUACCAAUGGCCUUGCCACAAGAGCCACUACCAAAUGGUGUGUUGGAUUUCCAGCCACCACCACUACAAAACUUAUUGCCCUUACCAAAGAUUGUUGCCACGACCAGCUUACCGCCAGCUGAAUCUGAGAUAAUCGAAUAUCGUCCGCAGUGCUUCUAUGCCGAGGAAGAAUUAUGUGACAGAACCCUUUCGAAUUGGCAACAACAAACUUACGAUCAGCACACACACUUAGGCACGUGUCAUUGUCGGCCAUACACCAAUAUGCCGACAUCUUGGUAUUGCUGCAACAUCACACACAUGUCAAUGAUCUCAUCCUGCAGCAACACAACCACCUGGACGAAUCUGCAUUUACGCAAUGUCACAUUGGCCGAAUUGGAUCUGUCGAAUUUCCUCUAUCAGAAACUACAAUCGCUCGCAAUCACCGACGGUAACAUCACCAAAUUGGUUGGUAGCUUUUCACGUUUUUCCUCUAUCAAGUGUCUAAAUGUAUCCAAUAAUAAUUUGUCGGAAAUUACACAACGUGGUUUAAUACCGCCAACGUUGAAAGUGCUGGACAUAUCGAAGAACAAUUUGACGAGCAUACCGAACUUUAAUCAAAAUCAAAAUAUAACCGUGGACGUGAGUGGCAACAACAAUAUGCUAUGCUACGACAUAUACAACUCCAUCUUUCGUGAUUCGCUUAAGUUCGUCAAUCAACAAAACUCAUAUUGUUUGCAUAAUUCCUCUUUUCAUUGGUUCAAUUCAACCGAUUUGAUAUCCAUUAAAGAGCUGGUCAAAUCACGACCGUUGAACACGGAUUGUCCCAGCAUACCUGGUUAUGGCAACUGUACUUGCAAAAACGAGCAUAUGGUGGCCACUUUGUCGGGCGAUAAUUCGGAGGCGACAACCAAAAUCAUAUCAGAAGUCGACUGCUCCAACCUUGGUCUCAUUGAGCUGCCACCGAAACUACCAGAAAACACGUUCUCGCUGAAUGUUUCGAACAAUAAGAUUACAAGUAUUGGCAAACACUUUCAUACGAAUCCAACCUAUCGCAACUUAAUUUACCUAAUAGCGGACAACAAUAAUAUUUCGAAAAUAUACGACUUCGAAGGAACCGUCUUUAUGGAUCACUUCCAAAGGCUUUACUUACGCAACAAUGCGAUCAGCAGUAUCCCCGAGUAUUUCCUGAGCAACGUUUUGGAUAAUCAUGAUGUGGGACGCAUUAUCUUUCUCGGCGGCAACGAACUGAAUUGUGACUGUAAUUCAGCUAAAACAUUGAAGUAUUGGCUGUUAGAGCACAAUCGCGACAUCCCUGACUAUAAUAGCAUCAGAUGUCGAAAUCUACCACAAAAUGUUAUGGAAUUGCGUGAGAAGAAACUAUGUCAGUCACCACACGAUUGGACCGAUUACAUUUAUUAUUUAAUAGCGACCGAGGUGAUUUUGCUCAUCGCUUUGAUCACAAAGGUGUCCUACGAUUAUUGGGUAUUCAAAACAGCUGGCUAUUUGCCAUGGCCAGCUAGUAAAAUGCCAAAACUACCAUGUGAUUGGCUGUGUGAAUCUUAGUGUGCCCAAUCUGGAGUGAAAGGGGAAGCAGAAAGACAGACUACUGAAGUAACCAUCGAACAUUUAUGAACAUAUAUUUACAUUAAGUAAGGCUAGUUAGUUUUAUAUCGACAUAAUAAUAUGUAAUAAAUGUGCCUAUAUUAGUACAGUAAGUGGGAGGAGAGAAAAUCACACUCUUAAGUGAAAAACAAUAAGUGCAAUUUCCAUAAAGUGCCUACAAAAAUAUAAAUCAAGAAAUUAUGCACAAGAAUAAUUCACAUAUUUACAUCCGUUUUUAUUCAACACAUGUUUAUAUGUAUGUAUUUGUAAAUAAAAAAUAAGAAUUUCACUGAAUUUAUUUUAAAAUAUUACUAAGCA